CCUUCCUUUCAUUCAAAUUUGUUCUUUCCCUCUGAAAAACCUCUCUCUCUCUCUGGCGCGAAAAUGGCGGAAGAAGGCUCAACCUUGAAGCUAAUCAUGGAGAAAGGGCCGCGAGAGGGCGAAACCCUAGAAUUCCCACCCGGAUCCACGUUCCAAAUCGGCCGGGGCCGAGGCCGAGUACUCCGCAACGGCAAACUCCCCAUCAACGACGAUGGAAUCUCCACCAGCCACCUCUCCAUUGAGUCCACCGAAUCCGGAGAAUGGCUCGUCACCGACAUCGGCUCCUCAAACGGCACCGUAUUAAACGGCUCCGACCUCACGCCCAAGACCCCCUCGCAUCUCGGAAACGGUGACGUUAUCAAAAUCGGCGAGUACACGUCCAUCAAGGUGACGAUCGAGGCGGCGGACCACGGAGGCGUCCGUGCUAGUCAGUUGCGGCGGAACCCUAGGCGCGGUGGUGGUUCAAAGGCGAAUUUGGCUUCGAUUGGUGAAGAUAGAGAGGUAGGGUUAGGGUUUGGGGGAGAAUUAGGAAAGCCUGUGGAGAAUCCGAGGCGGCGAGGUCGGCCGAUGAAAGAGAAGGUUGUAGAGAGUGAUCCUCGAGAGAGCUUGUGUAAUGUCUACGAUGUCGGAGAAUAUGACAAUAUGGGUCCUAGUGGAACAAAACAGGGGCGGCAAUUGAGUACUAGGAUCACUCGCAGUUCGAAGAAGAAAGAGAAUUCCAAUCUGGAAGUUAAGAUAUCGGAUCAAGUUGCUGAUAAAAAGACCCGAGGGGGGAGGAGUCGAAAGAAGGUUUUACAGGAUGAGCCAUUGGAGAGUGUGAAAAAUGAGAUCUUAGAUGAGAAAGAAGAGAACGAGCGGGAAAAAGUUGGAAAGGAUUCAAAGAACAAAGAGAAUUCCAGUGUAGGUGGAAAUGGGUGUCAAGAAGUUGAGAUUUCCGGUAAAAUUGUCGGUAAAAUGGCCGAAGAAGAGGGUACGAGGAGAAAGAGGAAUUUACAGGGUGAGCCAUUGGAGAGUGUAGAAAAUGAGGUUCUAGACGAGAAGGGAGAUGAGGAGUGUGAAAGAGUUGAAGAGAGUUUACUGGAUGAGCAGUCGGAAGCUGCUCGAGGUGAAGUAGGAGAAGCUGGUGGGCUGGACUUAGAGAAGAUGACAUUGGAUGAGUGGUUUGAUUAUUUAGAGGUGUAUUUGCCAAAACACAUACGUGAUGAGACUGAAGAGAUGAUUUUGCAGAUGAAUCAGAUGGCACAGCGAGUUCAGCAGUUUAUUUUGGAGCAGAAAAGUGCAAAAGAAAAGGGUAAACUACCUUUAAGCUAGUAGGCGAUUGACAAAAGCAGUUGUACUUUAUGUUAAUUGGUAACUGAAAUUUUCAGCCUCUGAUGUAUUUUCUGGAUUGCAUUUUGUGUUCGCUUGUUUUGACAUAAAAAAUGCUUCAGUGUCUGAUUAUUUUGUACUGGUACAGUGGUACUAACAACAGCAAUGGAACUAUCUAUUGAAAAGGUCAC